UCCCCUCCGCCCUGCAGGGACUUUGCUUGAGACAAUCCUCCUUCUGCAGGAGAAGCGCUCGCCUCACCAACCCGCAGGGAGCUUUGUUCCUGGGAUCGCAGGAAGGGGCCUUAGAGGUCGUCUAGCAGGACCCCUUCACGCUUCACAGAGGAGGAAACUGAGGCUCGGCGAGGGUGAGUAGGACCGGGCCGGCGGGCCGGCUGCAGUACUUGCGGGAUGGGGAACAGCGCCCUCCGCGCCCACCUGGAAACGGCGCAGAAGACGGGCGUGUUUCAGCUCAAGGACCGCGGUCUGACGGAGUUUCCCGAGGACCUGCAGCGGCUGACCAGCAGCCUCCGGACCAUUGACCUGUCCAACAACAAGAUCGAGCACCUCCCACCCGCUCUCAUCGGCAAGUUCGCGCUGCUCAAGAGUCUGUCCUUGAACCACAACAAACUGACUGUUCUGCCAGAGGAGCUGUGCAAGUUGACAAAGCUAGAGACCCUACACCUUAACAACAAUCACCUGACACAGCUGCCAGCUGCCUUUGGGCAAUUGUCUGCCCUCAAGUCCCUGAGCCUCUCUGGGAACCGGCUUCGAGCUAUACCAUCUCAGCUCUGUAGCCUACGACACUUGGAUGUGGUAGAUCUCUCCAAGAACCAGAUUCAAAGUAUACCUGACACAAUAGGAGAACUACAGGCUAUUGAACUGAACCUCAAUCAGAAUCAGAUUUCUCAGAUCUCACCACAGAUAUCUCGCUGUCCACGCCUCAAGGUCUUGCGCAUGGAAGAAAACUGUCUAGAGCUUAGCAUGCUUCCACGAAGCAUCCUCAGCAAUUCGCAAAUUGCUCUGCUUGCAGUAGAAGGCAAUCUUUUUGAGAUAAAGAAACUCCGAGAACUAGAAGGCUAUGAAAAGUACAUGGAGAGGUUCACAGCCACCAAGAAGAAAUUUGCAUGAUGUUCCCCAGAAACAAGGCACCUCACAGGAAACAUAUUAAAAGUUGGGAAGUCUGGCUGAAAAGAAGACUUAGAUGAUUGCCAAGGAAAUCUGCAGUGAGGAAAUGAUUGAAGGAGAAAUGAGCACUUGAGUACCAAAUGGUGUCUCCCAGGAGAAGAUUAUGUUGCAUCUAACUUUCUCUCCCCUUUCAGGACUUGUUAUAAAUAAAGCAGACGGUAAAAGGGGAGUGGGGGAGGACAGCCAAAACGAGAGUGAGAGCGUGUUAGAGAAGAAGAAAUGCCAAGUCCUCAGGCUGAGGGAUAACAAUGGCCUAUAUUUUCACAGCUGUUGCUAGUUUCACUUUAAAAGAAACAAGUAGGUAGCUGCUGUUUUAUACACUUAAGGGGACUGUGCCUGAUAAUUGCCCUGAGGUUGUCUUUCUAGAAUAGCUCUACACCACAGCUUGGAAGCCCAUAUUUAAUUUUGGUGUGUGCGCUGCCAUAACAACUGUUAACAGAUCCACUUUUGUAUUUAACACUUUUUGUGUUUGUGUGGAACAUGAGUUCAUGAGAGGCCUGCUAUGAUAAAUCACAGCAUUCAGUGCUUUGUUUAUUCCAACACAUCAGUUCUGUUCAAAUUUAAAACUCUGCUGCUUGAAAAAAAGUGCUUAUUCUGCUUGGAAGUUAAUGUAUGAUCUAUGGCAAAUGUCUCUAUUUAAAAUGUGCUUUGCUGGUUUAAAAAAACCAAACACUUAGGAGAUGAGCCCCAAACUGCAGCAAAUUCAUUACUACUAUUGUAGGUGCCUUACUGGUGAAGGUACUCUUAUGCAAAAUAUGUAAGAUGAAAAGAAUUGUAAUAUCCAAGAUUUUUCUAAAGCUUCUUUAGAAAUAUCUAAUUUCCUAUAAUCUUUGACCCUUUUUGUACUAUGAUUUUAUUAAUCAAGUUAUGUAUCCAAAAGCUAUUGCUACAAAAGAUUUUCAGAACAUCCCAUUAUGUAUAUAAGAUGUGCUUUCUGCAUAAGAUGGAAAAAACUAAGAAAAAUAAAUAAUUUUUUUAAAAGAA